AAAACAGAGUGGGAGUAGGGACCAAAGCAGCCGCAGCUUUAGGCCUACAGUACAGUUUAGGAUAUCUGGAAAAAGAAAAAAAAUGAAGAAAAGCCAAUCCAUUUUCUACACUCGCACGCUCUGCAGAGAGAGAAAGUGUGCAGAGGAAUAGAUUUUGACCGCCAUUGAAAUUGGAGCUUUCACACUCUUUACCCAACCCCUCUCUUUCAGCCAAUCAAUUUACUUUAUUUUUUUAAUAUUACUUCAAUCACCCAGCUGAUUCGAACCCCUCCCCAAUUUUCAUCUUCUUCUUCUAAGUUUGCAAUUGGCUGGAAAAUCAAGUGGGUAUUGAGCUUAAUUUUACUGGUUAGCAGUGGUGGAAUUCAAUCUGGGUUCCUUCGAAUUUAAUUUCCGCUUCAUAUUAUUUUUUGAGCUGCAUUUUAGUGUAUGGAACCCAAAGCUGAAGUGGGGGAAUUUGGAUCCGGAGAAAUGGGGUUCGGAUUCGACGAAAUCCAAACCCUAAUCUCAGCUCCACAACCCGGCGGCAGCUCAUUCACGGCCCUUCUCGAACUACCUCCGCCACAAGCGGUGGAGCUCUUAGUCAACGAAGAUUUACCGGCCAAACAUCCGCUGCCGCCAUUUUUUUCUUCCAAUUUUACUCUCACUGACAAUGAACCAAACUUCUCAGUCUUUGCUAAUUUAGCUGAUAAUAAUUCGCCGGAGAACAAUACCGUAUUGUCGGUUUCAAGGCCUAUGAAGCCAGAGCCGUUAGACACAGAUCCCCAACCGGAAUAUUCUUCACCGGCGGUAUCUAAUCAAAGCCUACAUUCCGGCAAGCGUAAGGAGAGGGAGAAAAAGGUGAAAGAGUCGAAUAAAAAGAGCAAAGAAGUGGCAAAUGAAGCUUCUGAAGAAGGCGGUGAAAAGCUACCGUACGUUCACAUGAGAGCUCCCCGAGGCCAAGCCACCAACAGCCACAGCUUAGCUGAGAGAGCAAGAAGGGAAAAGAUCAAUGCCAGAAUGAAGUUAUUACAGGAGCUGGUCCCGGGAUGCAACAAGAUUUCGGGUACUGCAAUGGUGUUGGAUGAGAUAAUUAAUCACGUACAAUCACUUCAACGACAAGUGGAGUUUUUAUCCAUACGGCUUGCUAGUGUGAACCCGGGAAUCGAUUUCAACCUUGACGCACUCUUGGCUGCUAGCGGAUCUUCAAUUGACAAUGCCUACAUGGACGUGUUUGCACCGUCCAUCUCACACGAGGAACAAAUCAACGACAGCAAACAACCGCAAUAUUUACAGCAAUGGCAUUGCGAUGAAUUUCAUCAGCCUGUGUGGGCCCGAGAAGUAGACAAUUCUAAUUUCAUUGCACCUGAAAACGCGGUUCAAAUUUACGACUCUUCGCCAAAUCCAGCCUCUCUGCUUUCGAGUCAGCUGAAAAUGGAGCUGUGAAUGAAGGCAGGCAUAAUUAUUAGUGUAUAUAUAUGUGUAUGUAUAUCUGAUAUAUAUACUAGUAAUAGAUAGUUGGGGAAUUAAGAGGUUAUUUUUAAGCAUCGUUUGAGCUUGGAUCUCCAUGUAUGCUAUUGCAGUGAGCUAUUAUAAAUCCAUUAUAAAUUUAUCACAAGUUAUUUAAUUAUAUGAGGUUGUGAAAA